UCCUCCGGCAGAGCACACAAGCUAAGGGAAGUACGAAGAAGCGACAUGGGUCGCGCAGUUGGCUUCUACCAUUUACAAAAUAUUAGUAUCCCCGAUACGGAUUCAUACAGAUUCUGCGGGAGGAGAGAUCCGACGAUGGAAAUGUAUCAUCGUGUCCUAUGCGAAUGCGCGGCCAUCUACAGGAUCAGAUACCAGGUCAGGUGUUUGGGGAACACCUUAUGACGCUCCGAACCUGAGGAGAUUGAAGGGCUAAAGACACGAGCGCGUACCAUAGAUCUUUCUAGCUCGCGGAAUAGAUUGCUCACCACUUUCUAUUACAUUACAUUACUUUGAAUUUGCAGACGAUCCAGGCAUAUACGUGGAUAAGGUAUCAAAUGCGUGAACAAAGUUAUAGUACUACACCGCGAAGACGUGGUCCAAAACAACCGUUGCCUCAUGAUGUACUCUACGAUGAGGACGUAGACUUACAAGAAUCACCAUACUAUACUAUCGAUAACACUGAAGAUGUUUAUAGCACCACCUUGCUGCCAUCGCAAAGAUGUUAUGUUGAUCCUUGGGAUUUAGAAAAUUACGAUUACGUACGCAAGAAAAUUGAGCAACCUUCAAACAUGCAAAAAUACUAUGAUGAAUCGUUGCCCUCCAGCCCGAUGGAAGAUUCCAUGAAUUCACAUUAUUAUCACAAUGAGAUCGAUCAGAAAACCCGUUACUCGUCAGCAGCAACUUUACCACGAAAUCGUAGACGUUCUUCUUCUUCUUCGUCUGCUCAUCAACAAUGCCGAUUGGAAUGUUGCAAUCCAAUGCACUUGCGUCGCUCUAGCGGUCUUAAUCGUAUCAAAGAAAAGAAUGAUGCUUAUGAUGAUUAUAUAAUGCAAAUGAAUCAAAGAUUUGAAAAUAACAUUAAUUUAGAUGACGACGAAGCUAAUGUCUAUACAGGCUACGGAGCACUUUCCUCUACAACUUCAUCGUCCGAACGGCACAGUUCAAUUGGUGAGGAUUAUGGCUCGAAUACCAUACAACGUCAUUCGUUAAGCAGUUAUGGUGCUAUAAAACGUCGCACUUUAAAACCAGCUCCCCAACUAGAAUUCCCCGCACCGCCACCCUUACCGCCCACAUACGACUAUUGCAAUCCUUAUGCUACAUUACCCUGUUGUAGUGUGUCUGAUUGCUACGAAUGUCUGUCACAAAGCCAACAAGUCUACGGUGCUCACUCGAUUUAUGGUUCUAUACCAACCAGUACAAACAUUAGUUGCUACAGCUCAUUAGGUUGUGGCUUAAAUGGAGGUUGUAGCAGCAUUUAUAGCACAUUGGGUCGACGAUCGUCUUCAACGCUCUGCAAUGGAAUUUAUGGUAAUAAAUUCGGGAUGAGCAAUAAAGGACUAUUGCAAAUCGAUUACUCUUGCAGUUGGAACGAUUUAAAUCGUGUUAUGGGUCGUAAUUAUUAAUUAACAAUGUCAUAAUUAUACGG